AUGGGGAUCGUCUUAAGUUGUUGCAGAGACCAUGGAAGAGAAGAGAACGAGGCCCUGCUGAGGGAACAGCAGGCAGGUUACGGCACACAAGGGAACGCCAACGAUGAAUACGAUGCCGAGCAAAUUCGAUUGAAGGAGCAAGAGCAGAAACUGCUGGCUAGGGAGCAAGAGUUGAGGGACAUUGUUGCUAACACUAACGACAAACUCAUAGAUAUAUCGAUGAUAAACAACAGCGGAAUCGUUAUUCAGGGAACAGACCUGCAAGAAGCCCUUGAUAAAAAAGAACAGGAGCAGGGUGCAGGCCCGCGGGAAGACGAUGCCAGUGCAGAGGAAGACGACGCCAGUGGACAAUCAGCGUCCUCGAGCCGAUCUACAGACGCAGCCAGUCGCCGCGCCGCUCCGAAGUCGAAUACAUUCACUGUACUUACAUCUCCGGAUUUGGCCAAAAUAUCAAAGGAGCAGCUAAAAAAACUCCACUCGAGGAUAACGAGCGAGAUUUUCAGCCAGUCGCAAGUAGACAAACCGGGCCCAUUGACUGUCCCCUUCUAA